UACACUGUUAGAGAAUGAAAGAGCAUGGAUGAUGACACCGCCGCAUGCAUUCAACAAGUUGUCUACAAUGGAGCCGAAAUCCAUAAAGCGCACUUUUCAUAAACUUCUUUAUUUUCUGCCACAAUACAAUUUACAACAACUUUGCCAUGAGCCCUCCUUACACGCGUGUUUCUACGGCAACAUGCCACACAGGUUGCUAAGCAACACCAUAUGGAAAUGGGGUUUGCCACAUAAAGUAUACCAACCAUAUCAGUAUAGUGCUACUACGCUUUGAGGUUAACAUAAACGUAAACAAAGACUGGUAAAUGAAUGAUGUGAGCAAAAGUUCGAGGAAAAGUGCAACUCAUCAUUAGAUUUUCUUAUUACAAAAAGUGAAACUAGAUUUUAACGAAGGAGAAUAUAUUUAUGUGAUUAGUGUUGCAGCAGGAGUUCAUUGUUAACACAUUGUUCCAACAUGACAUUGAACAUCUUGGCUAAUGGGUGUAAUUCUAUGUAAAUUCUGUUGCUGUUCUUGUUGUGGUUGUUGGCAUAGAAUCGCUGGAAACAGUGUUGGCGUACUUCCAGAAAAAAAACUAAAAUUAUUGCUCCUAGGCCUGGAGGACAGUGGGAAAACCGAGAUUGCUCAUUACCUGUCACAAACUCAACGUUCGGACUAUGAUUCUACGAAUGGAGUACAUAAUUAUACCAUGAAAUUUAUGGAGGUUCAGUGUUCGAUGACGGAAAUCGGUGGAAAUGAUGAUAUUCAAAGAAUUUGGCAUCAUUACUAUGCUGGGACAAUGGCUAUAAUUUAUUGUUUUGAUAUGUCAUCAAAGUGGCAGGAUUUAAAAAAAUCGUUUCGCCUCCUGGAUAUGACUUUGAAGGAUUCAUAUAUAGCUGGAAAACCAAUCCUCCUGGUCGCCACCAAAGCUGAUUUGGCUGAUGAAUGCAUCCAGCUGUAUGAUAUAGAAAACACCUUUCAUUUAAAUACAAUGGCCGCAACAUAUGGUAGUGCCAUAAAACUAUGCAUAUAUGAUAAAAGAUCUGCAGAUACCGAUUCGAGUAUAAAUCUUUCAUCCGGAAUAAAUUGGUUAGUUCGUAAUGUCUUGGACAACUACGAUGUGAUACAAAUGCGUUUAAACUGUGAUAAAAAUAUGAAAAAUUGGGAAAUGAAUCGGGAUAACUUGGUGAAACAGGGAAAGCUAGACUUUAGCACAUAUCAACGGUUUCCCAAAGCUUCCGCGAGACACAAACAUAGGCGUAUAACACACAAACGCCUUCGUCGUUCUUUAAUACGUCCACGUACCGCUCCAUCUAAGCUAAGUUUCUUGUCUAUAACUCGAUCUUAUACUCUUGCUACUCCGAAUGCUGUUGCUUCCCCACAGGUGUCGUUAACACACUCCAGCAAAGUGCCAAAUGGUGUACUGCCGACCGACGAACUUAAUACGGAUGUUUAAUUACGAAUAUCAAUUAAUUUAUUGCUAGCAAAUUUCACAUUAAUAUCAUUUAAAUUUAUUUUGUAUUUCGUAGUUCAUAUUGUUUUUUUGGAGUGGAAAAAUACUUUCUCACUAAAAAGUAAUUAUGAAUUUAUAAGUAAGUAAAAACAUUUAACAUAUAGAUUGUAUGUAUGUAAAAAUUUUAAU